GGACAUAUCCUUCUAUUUGCAUUGGUGGACGAUGAACUGACGUGAAGAGGAACCAAUAGGCAGUGGCCACCAGUCACCUGGACUAUGGAGACAUCCGGAAGAUCACUCGCACGAGUUCGGCGACGUUGAGCACUGGGUCGAGCUUGCGAAGUUGCUCGAAGAGGCCAAGUUCCAUGGCAUCUUUAUCGCGGAUGUCCUCGGUGGCUAUGAUGUUUACAACGGCAACCUCGAUGCUGCAAAAAUCUCUGGCGCGCAAUGGCCUGUCAACGAGCCGCUUAGUGUUGUGAGCGCCAUGGCAGCUGCGACUAAGAGCAUCGGUUUCGGUGUGACAGUAUCGACGACAUACGAACAGCCUUAUCAUCUGGCUCGUAGGUUAUCGACCGUUGAUCACCUCUCUAAAGGACGCCUGGGAUGGAACAUUGUAACGAGUUACCUUGAUUCGGCUGCUCGUAACAUGGGCUUCAAAGAGCAGAUCGCACAUGACGAACGAUAUGCCCAAGCUGAGGAAUAUGUGAAGGUGAUGUACAAGCUCUUCGAAUCGUCCUGGAGAGACGAUGCAGUCGUUCUUAAUCGUGAAAAGGGGGUGUACACCGUUCCAGACCGAGUUCGUGAGAUCAACCACAAAGGCAAGUACUUCACGGUACCUGGGCCCCACAUUUGCCAGCCAAGCCCACAGCGCACUCCGCUCCUGCUCCAAGCCGGUACCUCCAAAGCUGGCAAACAGUUUGCAGCGCAGAGCGCGGAAGCCAUUUUCGUCAGCGCUUUCAGCCCCUCAGUACCUGCAAAGAGCAUUGCAGAAAUUCGAGAGCUGGCGAGAACGCAACAUGGGAGGAAUAGCAACAACAUCAAAGUUCUCGCGUUGGUUACCCCGAUCAUUGGCCGGACUGAGGACGAAGCUCAAGCCAAGCUGGCCGACUAUCGCAAGUAUGCAUCGCUUGAUGGCGCUCUGGCACUGUUCUGCGGUUGGACAGGCAUCGAUCUCGGCAAGUACGGCGAUGAUGAGGAGCUCCGUCAGGUCGAGAGUAACGCUGUGCGAUCGACCGUAGAGGCAUAUGCAAAGUUCUCUCCCGGUACAUCCAAAUGGACGAAGCAUACGGUUGCCGAACAUGUAAGCAUCGGUGGGAAUGGUCCUAUCAUUGUAGGUACGCCGGCUCAAGUCGCAGACGGACUCCAGACGUGGGUCGAUGAGGCUGAUGUCGAUGGUUUCAACUUCGCGUACGCCUUGUUCCCGCAGUCCUUCAAGGAUAUAAUCGAGUUGCUACUGCCAGAAUUGAAGGCGAGAGGGUUGUUUUGGGACGACUAUGCUGUUCCUGGAGGCACAUACCGAGAAAACUUCUACGGAAAACCAGGGCAGAAGGGUCCGCUUGACGAGCACAUUGCGUCGACAUACCGUUGGAAAGCGGGGGUUAAUGCUAAAGACCACGUCAUCCCUGAAUGAACGGUGGCGUCUAACGACGUUGUAGUCGGAUUCAAAAGAUUGGAUGACGACCGACGCGUCUCGACGCGUCGGUAGAAAAUGACAGCAUCGCUCGAUUAGGUUACCGUGUCCGUGCGCGUAAUGCGCGGAUUCGCGUAUUGCACCCAUACUUCACAGUACAAUUACUCAACGCCACAAUGACUAUGA